GCCAAUCCCCUCUUCCCAGCAUGCAUCGGGCGGCGCACGUUGCCCGCGUCUGACAUGCGCAGUGGCGCUUGGCCUAGGCGGAAGUGGGCGAAGAUGGCGGCUUCCUGCGGCGGCGUCUUCUCCGCUCCGGCGCUCCUCGGCCGGCCGGCGUCUGGGCUGCGGGUCGUGGCCUCCUCGCUGGGGCUGCUCCUCCUCCUCCUGGGGGCCUGCGGGGUUACGGCGCGGGCGGGCCGGAGCCAAGUGAGGGUGCUGAGCGACGCCACCUGGACGGAGCUCCUGAGCGGGGAGUGGAUGGUCGAGUUCUAUGCUCCCUGGUGUCCCGCCUGCCAGAACUUGCAGCCUGAAUGGGAGAGCUUUGCUGAAUGGGGGGAGGAUCUUGAAGUCCACAUCGCAAAAGUGGAUGUGACAGAGCAGCCAGGAUUGAGUGGGAGAUUUAUCAUAACAGCGCUUCCCACCAUUUACCAUUGUAAAGAUGGAGAGUUCAGGCGGUACCAGGGUCCACGGACUAAAACUGACUUCAUCAACUUCAUUAGUGACCAAGAAUGGAAGUCCAUUGAGCCUCUUUCUUCGUGGUUUGGCCCAUCUUCAUUCCUGAUGAGCAGCAUGUCUGCUCUGUUCCAGCUCUCCAUGUGGAUCAGGCACUGCCACAACUACUUCACAGAACACCUCGGCAUCCCAGUCUGGGGAUCCUAUGCAGUGUUUGCAUUGGUCACUCUCUUCUCUGGAUUGCUGCUGGGGCUUGUCAUGGUCUUCCUCGCAGAUUGUAUUUGCCCCUCCCAAAGGCACAGGCCACCACAGUACCCGUAUCGAAGACUGCCUGAGUCUGUCCAGCUCUUGAGAAAGCCAGGGGAAGAAGCCGAGGAAGAUGACCUCACCGAUGCUGCCAGAGAGCCCCCAGGACCCCCCCGUGCCGCUGCCGCUCCAAAUGCAGUGAGGCAACGCGCCGUGACUCUUGCUGCUGGAGCAGAGCAGUCGUAACUGCAGCUGGCGUGGCUCUUGGGAUGUCCUGAGUUGACGUUCGGGGAGUGGAGUCGUCCUCCUCCUCCAAGAGAACUGAGACGGGCCACCGUUUUGAGGGGGGAAAGUAUUUGUUCCACAAAGUAUCCAGUUGGCAUCUGUUUGUUUCAGGCCUGAGGCUCUGCAGUGGUUGAGUGGAGGCCCUGGGCUGGGCGUGCGAAGGGUGGGGCAGCCUCCUCCUCCUCCUCGUGGCUUCACAGAGAGCUCCAGCAGCUGGCCAGUCUGCAGGGCCAAAGAAGAGCCACCCCGAUGGCUGCAGCCUCCGAGGCUUCCCUCUGAGGCAGCAGUGCUGGAAGAGGAGCCUUUGGAGCUGCCGCCGCCGCCUCCUCCUCUGCUUCCUGAUGCUCGCAAAAGGCUGCCGUAAAUGGUUCAACCUCUAGCACUGCAAGAAGGCCCCGUAGCUCCAGGCAAGAGGCUGAGAUGAGGGGUUGUGCAGCUGACCUCGUGUCCCAGGGAGGUGUCCAGCCCUGGCUUCUGGGACAGCGGCUCACAUCUCCAAGGCCAUCUUGGUUUCAAAAGCAGCUUGGCCCGGGUGGGGGGAAGGAGCCCACACCUCCAUGGGGCGAGUGCCAGUCUUUGGGCAUGCUUACACUGAUCCUUUGGUACCCCAGGCUUAACGUUUGUCGCUGUGGCUCGUUGCCCUUGCUGCUCAGCUUGCCUCUGUAUGCUGCAGAGCACCAUUUUUGUCCCACGUUCCCCCUCCUCAUGCCUGUCGUACCUCCUGCUUUCGAACCCAACGAAGGAGAGAGAGAGUCCUGAACUCAGCUGAUCCUAUGUGGCAUUAGGUGUGCACAGUGCAUAGGCUGCAGGGUAGGAAAGGGUUCGUUUGGUCACCUUGUUACUUGUGUCUUCUUGUGUUUUCCCUUCUUAAAAAAUGGAUAGGAAUGAAGGAUCGGUGCAUGGGGUGAACACAGAGAAGCUGGCCGGCUGCUCUAGGAACCCAGCGCCAGUGGAGCCGGGACCUCCGUGGGGGGAAAGCAAAUGCACUGGGGGAGUUGUGGGCUUGCAGCGGCUCUGCUCCUCCUCUGCCCCAGUGAUCUCCAGGGCCUCUGGAGCGGUGCCCCCCUCCCCCCGGCUGCUUCCGCUGCGUUCUGUUCCAUUCCAAAAGUGGGCCAGGAGUGUUGCUUUUUUGGUCCACUUGAUUCGCUGACUUGGCCGCACAACUCAUGGACUUGCACUGCGCUCACAGCUCUAACGUUUCUCUCUUUCCACUUCCAAACAUUUCUUUCCAUUUGCAUUGAUUGUCAUGCACAGAAGUUGUUGCUGGUUUUCUUGAUGAUUUAAAAUGGCUUUGGAGACACUCAGAGGCUUGGGAGGUUCCCCCAGUUUCUUGGCCAAAUGGAAGGCAGGGAUUGGUGUGUGUGUGUGUGUGUUCACACACUGCCUCCUCUCCAGAGAGGAUUGCCCGGUUGCACCUGAAAGUAGGUACCUCCCCCCACACCCGCCACCUGCAUCCUCACCGGUGGUGUGACUGUUCAAGAUG